UUAGCGCUGUAUUCGAUGUUCCCAUCAUCAUUUAGACAUAAUUGUCAAUUAAAAUCGCGUGAUAAUAAUGCCCCAAAAUGCCUCGUGCCCCCUCCAACAGCACACAUUGUCUUUGUCAACGUGAGCGCGCUUGACCUGACAGAUUCGGAAGCGCGUUGCACAGGCAGCAGUGUGGCGGGCAGCCCCACAUGCCGUUCUCCCCUCCAGCCAGGAGUCAGAGUACCCUCGCCAGUCACCGUCAGUCUCCUCCUCACCAUGGCAACGCUCCUGGCUAGCCGCUCCUCAGGCGGAUUCUCCAUGGGCUCCUCCCGCAUGUCCAUGUCAGCAGGGGGCGCUGGCUUCGGCGGUGCCCGCAUGGGCAUGAGAGCCGGCAGCGUGUACGGCGGCGCGGGCGGUUCCGGUGUGCGCAUCUCCAGCGCCUCCAGCCUCGGAGCCGGAGCUGGGUUCGGCGGGGGAUUCGGCGGCGGAGCUGGGUUCGGCGGCGGUGCCGGUGGCGGCGGCUUCAGCAUGGCCAUCAGUGGUGGCGGCGACGGCGGCGUCAUUGGAAACGAGAAGUUCACCAUGCAGAACCUGAACGAGCGUCUGUCCUCCUACCUGAUGAAGGUGUCGAUCCUGGAGAAGGCCAACGCCGAUCUGGAGCUGAAGAUCAGAAUGUUCCUGGAGAGCAGGACCGCCCCUUCUUCCCACGACUAUGGGGUCUUCAUGACCAGCAUCGGCGACCUGCAGGCCAAGAUCCAGGGUGCCAUUCAGCUGAAGGGCUCUGUGCACCUGUCCAUCGACAACGCCAGCCUGGCCAUGGAUGACUUCAGAGUCAAAUACGAGACAGAGCUGACCAUGAGGCAGUCAGUGGAGGCUGACAUCGCCGGGCUGAAGAGGGUACUGGACGAGCUGAACUACACCAAGGGCGACCUCACCAUGCAGAUCGCUGGCCUGCAGGAGGAGCUGGUGUUCCUCAAGAAGAACCACGAGGAGGAGCUGCUGGCUCUGCGCGCACAGAUGACCGGACAGGUCCACGUGGAGGUGGACGCCGCACCUCAGGAGGACCUGACCAAGAUCAUGACCGACAUCCGUGAACACUACGAGGCAGUCUCCGCCAAGAACGCGCGGGAACUGGAGGGCUGGUUCCAGGCCAAGUCGGAGACGAUAUCCAAGGAGGUCAUCACCAGCACAGAAACUCUGCAGACCAGCAGGACAGAGAUCAACACAGUCAAGAGCACCAUGCAGUCUCUGGAAAUCGAACUCCAGUCGCUCAUGAGCAUGAAAGCGUCGUUGGAAGCCACGCUGUCCGAGACGCAGUCGCGCUACUCCGGCAUGCUGUCCGGUUUCCAGAUGCAGGUGAGCAGCCUGGAGGGCCAGCUGGUGCAGCUGCGCGGCGACCUGGAGAGGCAGGGCGGCGAGUACUCCAUGCUCCUGGACAUCAAGACCAGGCUGGAGAUGGAGAUCGCAGAGUACAGAAGGCUGAUGGACGGCGGCGUGGUCGCAGGCGGCGCAGCAGUUAUCUCCAGCAGCCAGACCGUCUCGAGCGCAGUAGGAGGUGGCCUGUCCUCAGCCUCCUCCUCCACCUCCACCACCACCACCACAAAGGUCAUCACAGUUGUAGAGGAGGUGGUUGACGGGAAGGUGGUGUCCUCCUCUUCUAACUCCUCUGCGACCUACCUUCACUAGAAGCCACCCCCCACUGCACCUCAACGCCUGUGAGGCCUGGCAGAUGGUCUGACUGCCCUGCGAGCCAACCAGUCAAACGUCUGUUCCAGUCUCAGUGGAGGCCACGACAACAACAAGCACGUCUGACGGGAGACAGACACAACACCACAUCCCUAUUGCUGUGAAAUGUCCUGUGCACUGAGAGCCUCCCUCAGUGUUUGCGACAAUAAAAAGGACAUGCAUUCUAAGAA